GCGGAGAUUCCCUUUCGCACCUUCCCAUCCGAGAGGGGGCGGCAGGGUGUGGAUUCCGGGCGUGCCCACCCUGCGCAUUGGCGCUGGGAGCGCCCCGAGCCCUGGGCCUGAGCGGCCGCGGGGACUGGAAAGCAGAGGAGGAGGAACCGGAGGAGGGCUUGCCGAACCGGCCACCCGCUCCGAACUUGCCGGGGAAACUAGUGCGGAGGGAGGGGCCGGGGCCCGGGCCGCGGCCGGAGGAGGGGCGGCCGCAGCUGCAUCCAGCCCCGUUGGCUUCCUUCCCAGCUCUUCUUUGCCUCCUCCUCCUCUUCCUCCUGUAUGAGUCAGGCGUUUCCCGGGGAUUUGGAGCAGCCACGCGCGGCCCGGGUGCCCGGAGCUAUAGCCGCCGCCGCGCCAGGAGCUCCAGCGCCGGGGUCGCCACUGCUGCGGGCACCCGCGUCCCAGGCGCGCGCGAACCAUGGAGAGAGCGGCCCAGGGCGCAGACGGCGGCGGGGGCAGCAACAGCAGCAGCCGCAGCAGCAGCCGCGCCACCUCGGCGGGCUCCUCGCCCUCCUGCUCCCUAGCGGGCCGGGGGGUCUCCGGUCGGUCGGCGGCCGCCGGGCUCGGCGGCGGGGGCAGCCGCAGUAGCCCGGGCUCGGUGGCCGCUAGCCCGUGCGGUGGAAGCGGCCGGCGGAGGGAGCCGGCGCUCGAGGGCGUGCUCAGCAAAUACACCAACCUCCUUCAGGGCUGGCAGAACAGGUACUUUGUGCUGGAUUUUGAGGCUGGUAUCCUGCAGUAUUUUGUGAAUGAGCAAAGCAAACACCAGAAGCCUCGAGGGGCCCUGUCUCUGUCUGGCGCCAUCGUGUCCCUGAGUGAUGAAGCACCCCAUAUGCUGGUCGUGUACUCUGCCAAUGGGGAGAUGUACAAACUGAGAGCUGCUGAUGCAAAAGAGAAACAGUUCUGGGUGACUCAGCUUCGAGCUUGUGCCAAAUACCACAUGGAGAUGAAUUCUAAGACGACUCCAAGCUCCCGAAGCCGAAGUCUCACUUUGCUCCCCCAUGGAACACCCAAUUCUGCAUCUCCCUGUAGCCAGAGACACCUCGGUGCGGGGGCGCCCGGCGUGGUCACAAUCACACAUCACAAGUCGCCUGCUGCUGCCCGAAGAGCCAAGAGUCAAUAUUCCGGCCAGCUUCAUGAAGUCAGAGAGAUGAUGACCCAGGUGGAGGGACAGCAGAAGAACCUGGUGCAUGCCAUCGAGUCUCUGCCGGGGUCCGGGCCCCUCACUGCCUUGGACCAGGACCUGCUGCUCCUGAAAGCUACCUCUGCUGCCACCCUCAGCUGCCUUGGGGAGUGCCUGAGCCUGCUCCAGCAGAGCCUGCACCAGGCCGGUCAGCCCAGCCACAGGCCCGGGGCCUCGGAAAGCAUCCUGGGAUGGCACGGGCCUAAGUCACACUCCACAGAGCAGCUGAAAAAUGGGACACUUGGCUCUUUGCCAUCGGCCAGCGCCAGCAUAACCUGGGCCAUUUUACCCAACUCCGUGGAGGAUGAACAAACCUGCCCGCCAGAGCCAGAGCCAAACUCAGGCCCCGAAUUGGUUUCGUCAGAAGAUGAGAAAAGUGACACUGAAGAUCAGGAAGAGACAGAAGUGGGCGUCAUGGAGGAUCAGCGCAGUGUAAUCCUUCACCUCAUUUCUCAGCUCAAACUUGGAAUGGAUCUGACCAAGGUGGUGCUUCCCACGUUCAUUCUCGAGAAGCGGUCCUUGCUGGAGAUGUAUGCAGACUUCCUGGCACACCCAGACCUGCUGCUGGCUGUCACCGCAGGGGCCACGCCACAGGACAGGGUCAUCGGCUUCGUGGAAUAUUACCUCACCGCCUUCCACGAGGGCCGCAAGGGCACCCUGGCCAAGAAACCCUACAACCCCAUCAUCGGCGAGACGUUCCACUGCUCCUGGGAGGUUCCCAAGGACAGGGUCAAGCCCAAGAGGACUGCCGCCCCUUCUCCCUCCGACCAUGAACACCCGAUGGCCAACGACCCUUCCGAGAACUACAAAAUGCGGUUCGUGGCCGAGCAGGUGUCCCACCACCCGCCCAUCUCCUGCUUCUACUGUGAGUGCAAGGAGAAGAGGCUGUGCAUCAACACUCACGUAUGGACCAAAAGCAAGUUCAUGGGCAUGUCCGUGGGGGUCUCAAUGAUCGGGGAAGGUGUGCUGCGGCUCCUGGAGCAUGGGGAGGAGUAUGUGUUCACCCUGCCCAGUGCCUACGCCCGGUCCAUCCUCACCAUCCCUUGGGUGGAGCUCGGAGGAAAAGUCAGCAUCACCUGCGCCAAGACCGGGUACUCAGCGACAGUGAUCUUCCACACAAAGCCUUUCUACGGGGGGAAGGUCCACAGGGUCACAGCAGAAGUGAAGCACAACCCGACCAACACCAUUGUGUGCAAAGCCCACGGGGAGUGGAAUGGGACCCUAGAGUUCACCUACAACAAUGGGGAGACCAAGGUCAUUGACACGACCAUGCUGCCAGUGUACCCCAAGAAGAUCCGACCCCUGGAGAAGCAGGGCCCCAUGGAGUCCAGGAACCUCUGGCAGGAGGUGACCCGAUGCUUGCGGCUGGGGGACAUCGACGCCGCCACCGAGCAAAAGCGGCGGCUGGAGGAGAAGCAGCGCGCGGAGGAGCGGAAGCGGGAGAACCUCCGCACGCCCUGGCGGCCCAAGUACUUCAUCCAGGAGGGUGACGGCUGGGUAUACUUCAAUCCGCUUUGGAAGGCACACUAAUGGGUGGAGAUGCAGAGCUUUCAGAAAUGGUCCUGUUUUUGUAGGAAUUAAAGUGGUACAGUAUCAAGGUUCUGCUGGUAUUCCCUGAGACCUCUUGAUAGCAUUCAAGACAUGGUACCUGAGAGAGAAAUUACGUACUGUGAAAAAUGCACCCCCAGACUCUACUAUGGGAUUGAAUUUAUUCAAGAGCCAUUUGGGGCAUGCGUGUGCACACACGUCUGUGUGCAAGCUCUCGGCACACUGUAUGUUCACACGCAUGCGCUGUGUCUGCUGGAUAUUAUUACACAUGUAAAUAGUGCACUUACCAAUACUGAAGUGGGUAAUUAUGAGCUCCUUUUUAUCAAUGAGGUUUGGAGUUUUCUACUUUUCACUUUGCCAAAUACUUUUGCACUCACAAAGUAUUCUCCAACUGACAACUCCUGUCCAAACAAGGGUGAACUGGCGUGGCCCUACUGCUGUGCAUCUGGUAGGAGGUGGCUGUCAUUUCAGAAUUAUCGCUGUGCUUCCCACUCCCCUCCCAAGUCAACGUUUGUUUGUCCAUAUGCAAGACAGAUCAACUGCCAUUUCCUGCUGGAUGGGGAGCGGGCAGGAAGCUGUUAAUAAAGGUUUAUGCCAGAGUCUUCCAGGAUGGAGCACCCCUGGGAGAGCCUAGAGCCAGGCCUACCUUGGAAUAUUCCUCCCAUCUCCUUGCCCCAGAAGCUUUCUGAUAAUUUCUCACGCUCAAAGCUCUAGUCAUACAAUUUUCAGAAGCUGCUUCUUUCAUGGUAGAAAACAAGUCAUAUGGAGACUGCAAUACUUUUAUCUUGAAAAAAGGGCUUUAGAAAUGAAAUACACGCAUGCAUAUACACACAUGCACCACCACAGCUUCAAUCUUAUAUUUCGUUUGGGGAAAGAUAAAAGAAUAUCCUGUGGAUUUUUUUUAAAGUGCACCUCUUGUUUGACCCGAAUUCUGCAAGGAAACCACUGUGAUUAAAACAUCCAUAAAGCCUGCAUAAGUGUUUCAUGGUUUCAGUUCAAUUUCAGUCUUCAGCCUUUACAAAUGAGGUCAAGACAUGACCAGAAUAUAAAGCAAGGAGAAAAUGAAGUAUUUGAUCUUUGCUCAAUGCUUAAUUUAUUUUUUACUGUGCCACUCUAAUGAGAAUAUUUAUACAAUCCAGUAGCAUGAAUGCUUCUCUGUAGUAAUACUAAUUUUGUGCCUUUUGUCUGCUUUCUUAAGACCAAUUGUUCACACUUUGUAGAUAUUAGACAAAUAUAUUUCGAUUAAAUACUAUA